GUGAGGCGGCGGAGGAGGCGGGGGAAAAUGGCGGACGGCAGAGCCGAGGGGGAGAAGGCGAAGCGGCCGCAGCCCGCAGGAGGACCUGAAGAAGAGGCAGAAAAACCUGUGAAAACUAAGACUGUUUCUUCCAGUAAUGGAGGAGAAAGUUCGAGUCGCAGCGCAGAGAAACGGGCAGCUAAUGAAGAAGCUGAAGACUUCACCACAAAGCCUGCUCCUGCCAAAAUGUCCAAGUUUGGAUUUUCCAUAGGCAGUCAGACAACAAAGAAGGCAUCUGCAAUAUCCAUCAAACUGGGAGCAAAUAAGCCUAAAGAGCCUGUUCCAACCCUGGCUCCAAAAACCCUUUCUGUAGCAGCAGCUUUCAAUGAAGAUGAAGAUAGCGAACCAGAGGAAAUGCCCCCCGAAGCCAAGAUGCGCAUGAAGAACAUUGGAAGGGAUACACCAACCUCAGCAGGACCAAAUUCAUUCAAUAAAGGAAAGCAUGGAUUUUCUGACAACCAGAAGCUAUGGGAACGAAAUAUAAAAUCUCAUCUUGGAAAUGUCCAUGACCAAGAAAAUAACUAAAUGAUGUGGAUUACAAGUUGGGUGUUUUGGGGGGAGGGGAGGGUGUAACAUUAAAGGAACAGUUUCCUUUUUUAAGAAUGGUAUGAGACUAUCUUUGGAGCCACUUUUUUAAGACUUUGAGUGGUACACUAAUAAAUGAGUUUGAAAUUAGAGGUAAUUUAUGUUUUGUAUACAGAUUUCAAGGCAUUUGCUAAUUUUGUAGUUCAUGUGAUUAGUUUCAAAAGGUUACAGAUAAUAAAGAAAUUGGAGUGGUACCUUUUUAAGAUAAUUUUUUUUGUCAGUGAUUAAAUAAGGUGGAUGAAAAAGGUUACUGUCUCUUUAAUCAGGUUAAAAUUGAAUGCUCUUGCAUUCUCACUUCUGGCUCCCUCUUCAUAACAGGAGAAACAGUUCACUCCUAUGAAUUCUGCUAAAGAGAGUGAGCAUUGUCUUGAACUAGAAGUGUUACUGGACUAUUACUUUGAAUAUAAUCUUACACAGGAAAUAGUAAGAACUUGGAUUUUUUUUCUCCCUGCAGUCACCUUUUGUUAAGUCUCUGCAAACUAGGAAUUACGUUGCUCUGGGUGGCUCUGGUAACUUAGCUCUGAUUUUGUUUAAAACUUCAUGUAGGGUGUGUAACCUUCAGUGGCCUGUUCUGUCCUAAGGAAACGGGCCUUGUCUGUAUAUUAGAUACAGUCUGUAAAGAAUAUUCAUUACAAAGGUAAAUCAGUAUUUUCAGUGUGCUCCUUUUAAAUCAUUAGCCUUGAGUAGUGCUUGUCAGCAUUUCCUAGUGGUACACAGAAACCACCACCAAAAAUACAAGCUAAUGUACAUUAAGCUACACCUUUGAUUGAAAUAUUUUUCUUUACUAUGCCUAGAAGGAAUAAAAGCCACACCAAAAAUCAGUAACUCACUGCUUAAGUAUGAAAAAUCUAAGAUGCACUUUCCCUGUCUUGCCAUUUAAGACAAAAUGCCUUGAUGCUUAUGACCUCAGUGGACACUAUCAGGUCAAAGAAUUCUGUACCUGCAGUCCUGAUGUUCCUAGCAAGUAUCAGCUUCAGAAAUAAAACUUGACCUUUUCCUGCCUGUCUUCCUUUUGCAGUGAUUUUCAGCAGUGACAUGAAUCUGGUCGUUUAUUUCUUAGCUUCCAUGCUGCAGGACAGUGCUGAAGAAUUUCAGUGCUAGUAAUGACCGCCUAAAUUUCAGUCUAAUUUAGAUUGCCUAUUUGUAAAAACAUUUUAUUAACAGAACUGGUUAAAUAGAACAUUAUCAACAGCAAUACCACUACCUGCCCCAACAGUACCACCUCCCAUACCCCAGAUAAGCAUAAGGUUCUUUUUAAACUCAAAUACCUGAUAGUGUCAACCACUAAAUUAAUUUCAGCUGGAAAAUGGUUGUAGCAUUCAAUAUAUUAGUUGCUUUCAUCCUGCCUCUAAAACUGUCUUCUUGUGAAAGUUGAACUUGCAAGUGCAGAAAGGAAAGUGCAUCUUGAAAUGUAUUUUUUUAUUAUUAUUAUUAUUUUAGGAAAGCUCUGACCACUUAGACUUUUGAGUUUGUAAGUUCUAAAAAUAUUUUUUUGUAUUUUUGUAUUGUAUGUGUAAUCUUUUUUCUUUUGAAGUCUGAUGCAGUUGAAUACCUGUAACUGUUUUCUUUUAAAAGCCUUGUUAUAAACUUAACAUAAAAAUGUAUACAUUAUUUUUCUUCCAUAGCAGAAAUACUUGGUUUAUUUAAAACACACUUUCAAAACUGACUUUCAGGACUUCCAAAACCAAUUUGGGCAUUACUGGAACUAGGCAACACAAACUUUUCACUUAUUUUCAUCACAUGUGGUUAUGUUUGUUUAAAUAAAUCCCUUUAAGAUAGUG